AUGGCCCCCACCAAAGGCAAGCCCGCCGCGGCGGCAGCGCCUAAGGCCGUCGCGCCCGCCGUGCCCGAGAGCAUCCUCAAGAAGAGGAAGCGCGAGGAGGCGUGGGCGGCCAAGCGGGCGGCGGAUCGCGCGGAGGCGCAGAAGAAGCACAACGAGAAUCAGAAGGAGGUCUUCAAGCGGGCGCAGCAGUAUGUGAAGGAGUACACGGCGAGGGAGAGGGAACUGAUUCGCAUGCGCCGCGAGGCCAAAGCCGCCGGGGGUUUCUACGUUGAGCCCGAGGCGAAGCUGGCGUUCGUGAUCAGGAUCAAGGGUAUCAACAAGAUACAUCCCAAGAUGAAGAAGAUCCUGCAGUUGCUGCGUCUGAGGCAGCUCUACAAUGGUGUCUUCAUCAGGAUCAACAAGGCGACGGUGAACAUGCUGAGGCUGGUUGAGCCCUACAUAGCGUGGGGUUACCCAAACCUCAAAUCAGUCCGCGAACUGAUUUACAAGCGUGGCCAUGGAAAGGUGAAUGGUCAGAGAAUCCCGCUUACCAGCAAUGACAUCGUUGAGAAGGUCCUUGGCGAGAAGCACAACAUCAUCUGUGUUGAAGAUCUGAUCCAUGAGAUCUACAAUGUGGGCCCCUCCUUCAAGCAGGCCAACAACUUCCUGUGGCCGUUCAAACUGCAGUGCCCACGGAAGGGCAUUUCCCACAAGAGGAGGCAUUUUGUGCAGAACGGCCAGUUUGGAAACCGUGAGGACCUUAUCAACGACUUGAUCAGGAGGAUGAACUGA